UGUAAACAAGUAGAAGGGAGAGGAAGGGCAGAGGCAAACAGAAAGGGAAGAAGGGACUCGUGUGUCAGCUCUGGAUGCUGGAAACAUCAAACCCUGCUGGGGAGCACUCAUAGCCCUACCCCUUUGUUAAACUGAAGACAUCUACAGGUUUGGAGUUGAGCCAGGAUGCAGUCCUACCUCGCUCUGCUGCUGGGGAUCGUGGCCUCUGCUGCUUCAGCCGAAUGGAGGCGUCCAGUGAUCAAGUUCAACUCUAAGGUGUUGGAGAAUUCUGAGUUGGUGGUCAGACCCGGGACCCCUUUGGAUCUGAGGUGUGAGGGCGACGGGCCUGUAAACUGGCAAACGAGGCUAGCCAAACACAGACGCUUCGUGUCCAAGGGCAACGGGAGAGUCCGCACCUUAAAGGUGGAACGUCCCUCUGCAGAAUUCACUGGAACAUACAAGUGUGUUUACACUGCUGGUUCGCAGCAACUCAGCUCCUCAGUGCAUGUGUACGUAAAAGAGUCAAACCGUGCAUUCUGGACCAGCAGCACGUCCCUGCGGGUGGUGAAGAAGGAGGGUGAGGACUACCUGCUGCCCUGCCUGCUGACCAACCCGACAGCCACAGACCUGGGCCUCCGCAUGGACAACGGCACCUCCGUGCCACCGGGCAUGAACUUUACAGUUUACCGGCACCGUGGCAUUCUCAUCCACAGGCUCCACCCCAGCUUCAAUGCCGACUAUGUCUGCACAGCCAGGGUCAACGGAGUGGAAAUGUUCUCCAAGGCCUUUUCCAUCUAUGUCAUUCAGAAGCUUCGUUUCCCUCCAUACGUACUCUUGGAGACAGAUGAAUAUGUGCGCAUUGUUGGGGAGGAACUCAAGAUUCGCUGCACAACACACAACCCCAACUUCAACUACAAUGUCACUUGGAAGUACACCACCAAGUCGAAACCAACCAUAGAGGAGAAGGUUCGUUCCAGUGGAGAAAAUCGCCUGGACAUACAGAGCAUACUGACCAUCCUGACUGUGGACCUUACAGACACAGGAAACAUUUCCUGCAUUGGCACUAAUGAAGCAGGGGUGAACAGUUCAACGACAUACCUGCUGGUUGUAGACAAGGCCUACAUCAGGCUGUUGCCUCAGCUCUCCCCUAAACUAGCCCACAAGGGUCUUUCAGUGGAGGUGAACGAGGGAGAAGACCUGGAGCUGACCGUGCUCAUCGAAGCGUACCCUCACAUCACAGAGCACAGAUGGCACACCCCAACAUCUCCCAACACGUCCACACAGGAGCACAAGCUCAUCAGAUACAACAACAGAUACCAUGCCACUCUGCAGCUGAAGAGAAUGAAUGCAAAGGAGCAGGGGAAAUACACCUUCUACGCCGAGAGCAAUUUGGCCAAUGCAUCCGUCACAUUCCAAGUCCAAAUGUAUCAGAGACCGGUUGCUGUGGUGAGAUGGGAAAACAUAACCACGCUCACUUGCACCUCAUUUGGCUAUCCUGCCCCCAGAAUCAUCUGGUACCAGUGUUUUGGGAUACGACCCACGUGCAAUGAAAACACCACUUGGCUGCAGCUGGCGAUCCCUCUCACGGCUCCCACAGUGGAGGUCCAGAGGGAGGAGUACGGGGCUGUGGAGGUGGAGAGCGUCCUCACCGUGGGGCCGUCCAGCCGGAGGAUGACGGUCGAGUGUGUGGCCUUCAACCUUGUGGGCGUCAGCAGCGACACUUUUGCCAUGGAGGUUUCUGACAAACUCUUCACUUCCACCUUGACUGGAGCAGCAGGCAUUCUGGCCAUCCUCCUUGUGCUACUGGUUUUUCUAUUAUACAAAUAUAAGCAGAAACCCAGGUAUGAGAUCCGCUGGCAGAUCAUUGAGGCAAGAGAUGGAAACAACUACACCUUCAUUGACCCCACACAGCUGCCUUAUAAUGAGAAGUGGGAGUUCCCAAGAGACAAGUUGAAGCUAGGGAAGAUCCUGGGUGCAGGAGCUUUUGGAAAGGUCGUUGAGGCCACAGCUUAUGGUCUGGGAAUGGAAGACAAUGCGUUGCGUGUAGCUGUGAAAAUGUUAAAAGCCAGUGCCCAUUCAGAUGAACGGGAAGCUCUGAUGUCUGAGCUGAAGAUCCUAAGCCACCUGGGACACCACAAGAACAUCGUCAAUCUACUGGGAGCCUGCACUUAUGGAGGACCAGUGCUUGUGAUCACAGAGUACUGCAGCCUCGGCGACCUCCUGAACUUCCUUCGCCAGAAGGCAGAGACGUUUGAGAACUUUGUUAUGAGCGUUCCCGACAUUAUGGAGGAAUCAAAUGACUACAAGAACGUCAGCAGUGAGAGACAGUUCAUCAGAAGUGACAGUGGGAUCUCCAGUACAUCUUCAAGCAGUUACUUAGAGAUGAGACCCAGCAAGGUACCGAAUGUGGAAUCAUCUCCAGACUCUGUGUGUGAGGAAACUGGCGACUGGCCGCUUGACAUUGACGACUUGCUGAGGUUUUCCUUUCAAGUGGCUCAGGGCCUUGACUUUCUGGCUGCCAAAAACUGUAUUCAUAGAGACGUGGCUGCUAGGAAUGUCCUCUUGACCGACCGAAGAGUGGCCAAGAUUUGUGACUUUGGCCUGGCACGUGACAUCAUGAAUGACUCCAACUACGUGGUGAAGGGCAAUGCCCGUCUGCCAGUGAAGUGGAUGGCUCCAGAGAGCAUCUUUGAAUGUGUCUACACCAUCCAGAGUGACGUCUGGUCCUACGGCAUCCUCCUGUGGGAGAUAUUCUCUUUAGGCAAGAGCCCUUACCCCAGUGUGGCCGUGGACUCCAGGUUUUACAAGAUGGUGAAGCGCGGCUACCAGAUGUGCCAACCUAACUUUGCCCCGGCUGAGAUCUACAUGAUCAUGAAGAUGUGCUGGAAUCUGGAGCCAACAGAGCGUCCGACGUUUAGCAAGAUCAGUCAGAUGAUAGAAAGACUACUCGGGGAACAACCUGAGCAGGAAAAACUAAUCUACCAGAAUUUGCAGCAGCAAGUCACAGAGGGUGAAGAGUGUGACAAGCCCAAGUGCUGCGACGGCCCCUGUGACCAGUCUUGUGACCACCAGGAAGAGGAGCAGCCUCUGAUGAAGACCAAUAACUACCAGUUUUGUUGA